CUCUCCGGGCACGGAUUACUCGACACGCGCGCUUGUCCGCCGCCCGCCCGCGCCAGCGCAACAUCGUCAGGGUGGGACGCCCCGCCCGGCACACAAAGACCUUCCUUUCGUCCCCGCGUCGCCUGGAGAGUGCGAGCGCCCUGCCGGCGGGAAUUUCGCGGAGGGGACGCUCCGAAGAAAAGGCUGCGGUCUCUGAAGGGGGACCGGACUGCAGAACUCCUGGUCGUGAGGCGACAAGCCGCGCCGACCUUCGCUCAUGGCUCGCGGGAAGAAGGAUGGCGAUGGCAACUGGAAGAAAUUCAUCUGGAACUCGGAGAAGAAGGAGUUCCUAGGGAGGACUGGGGGCAGUUGGUUUAAGAUCUUACUCUUCUAUGUGAUCUUCUACGGCUGCCUGGCUGGUAUCUUCAUUGGGACCAUUCAAGUCAUGCUGCUCACCAUCAGCGAAUUCGAGCCCAAGUAUCAGGACCGAGUAGCACCCCCAGGACUGUCAGCUAUUCCCCAGGUAUUUAAAAUGGAGAUUUCCUUCAACCCCACUGAUAAAAACACAUAUGAGAAGUACACGAGGCCCAUGGAUACAUUUCUGAAGGCUUAUGAGUUUAAUCCGGAGCAAGAUACAGAUUUUGAGCUUGAGUCUUGUGCCACUGAACCUGCCACCCACAAAGGUGAAGCUCCUAUUGACCCCAGCCUGGGCAAGAAGCCAUCUUGCAGGUUCCUUCGCUCCUGGCUGGAGAACUGCUCUGGGAUAAUUGACCCCACCUUUGGUUACAAAGAAGGCAAACCAUGUGUCCUCAUCAAACUCAACAGGAUUAUGGGCUUCAUACCGAAGCCUCCACUCAAUGACUCCGUCCCACCUGAGGUGAAGGCAAGAUUCAACCCUCAUAUCAUUCCUGUUCACUGCGCUGCUAAGAAAGAGGAAGACAUUGACAAAAUUGGCACCGUGGAAUAUUAUGGCAUGGGUGGCUACGGCGGCUUUCCUCUUCAGUACUAUCCGUAUUACGGCAAGCUCCUCCAGCCCAAAUACCAGCAGCCCCUUGUGGCCGUGCAGUUCACCAACCUGACGUAUGAUAUGGAAGUGCGUGUCGAGUGCAAGGUCUAUGGUCAGAACAUCUACUACAGUGACAAGGAUCGUUUCCAGGGACGUUUUGAUUUGAAAUUUGACAUAAAAAGCAGCUGAUCGCAAGCACAGUUUCUUUCUUCUCUCUCCUCUUAGCCAUUUAAAAAAGUAUAAAAAAGACAAAAACCUACUAGUCUUGAACAAAACUGUCAUACGUAUGGGACCUACACGUAAUCUAUAUGCUUUACACUAGCUUUCUGCAUUUAACUAGGUUAGAAUGUAAACUUAAAAGUGUAGCAAUAGCAACAAAGAUAUUUAUUCUACUGUAAAUGACAAAAACAAAACAAACACAGAAUUGAGCCUUGGGACAUGCCCAUUUCUACUGUAAAUUAUUCCAUAACUGACUUGUAGUAAGCAGUGUUUCUGCCCCCUAAAUAUUGCUGCCUUGUGAGUUUUAUUUAGUGUACAGUACUAUAGGUGCAUUACUCCGAUCAUUUUUCAAGCCAUGUAUUAUUGUACCUGUUUUCUACUUUCUGUGAGCAAAUAUUUGCUGUCCAAGGUGUAAAUACUCAGUGGGACUAAAACUGGCAUGGUACUUUUAAUUAUUAUAUUUUUGUUCGUUUUUAAAAUGGUAAAGGCCCACUUGUGAGAUUAUUCAGCAGCACUCCAUAGAGCCUCUCCCCCUUCCUCCCUGUAGCCUUAGGACUUUAUUUAGUGUGGUGGCUGGGAAAAUUACCUAGACUUUGAAGCAACGCUAAGGAGCGUAGGUGAUUAUGUAUUGUGCUUUUUAGCGAAUGUUGUCUUUCUAUCUCUCUCUACUCCCCCUCUCCCCACACCCGUUCUGAAGUUGUGUGAGAGAUCUGAGUCGGCCUAUCACUCUCAUCAGUGACAGGAAUAAUUAUCUUGCUUUGUAUAUUUUCUUUUCCUGCUAGAGGCAUCAUAUGCAGUGGUGCUGUCUUUAUUGAAUGUUUUAACCAUUUCCAUGGUGGAAGAAUUUUAUAUUUAUGCAGUUGUACAAUUUUAUUUUUUUUCUGCAAGAAAAAAAGUGUAAUGUAUAAAAAUAAACCAAAGCCACAUGUUUGAAAAUAAAUCUUUAUUUUGAACUUUAUGAAAAGCAAUGCAGUUACCCCCAUCAACUGGUGUUAAAUGUUGUCUAAAGUGCAAACCUCUAUGUUCUAACAUAUGUAAUAGCCAGGAAAAUACAGUGCUCUUGUUGAUCUUGUAUUUCAGUCAGGUUAAAACAUUGGUCAAUAAAUGAAUAAACACA